AUGCCUCUUAUGGGCAACCCUCAGAAGGCCUCUCCUCUGUUUGCCGCUGAGCCCCCCAAGCAGUCCCAGGCCCCCUUUAAACCCAAUGACCACUACCCCUCUGCCCCGGGCCACAGGUAAGAGGUUGUCUCACACAGAGCAGGUCAACUGGGGGCCUGGGUGGGAUUUCCAGAGGUCCAGUCACCAGUUACAGUAAAACACAGUAUCAAAUGUCAGGAAAUCCAAUAGGUUUUGAUGAUGAUAGAGCUAAAAUGUGACCAUGAACAGGGUAAACUUUAACCGUCACUUUUUCUAGAGGGUUCCUCAAAGUGCCAGAACCUUAGUCAUCCAAAGGGAACGUUUGAGAUAUAUUGCCACUGGUUUGUUUACAAACUAAAUGCAGAACUUGUAGUUAAAAGCCGGCUAGUGGUAUUAGUUGUUACUUACAUAACGGUUAUUUUAUUGUAGCGGCCAUCAGAGCAGAAAUCCAGUGCUGCUCUUUCGUUUAUACUUCAGAUCUUACUGUAACUUUAUAACAUUUGUUUGAGAAGCAAUAAUAAUUAUGUGAUGAGAUUCCUAACCUUAUUUAUUAGAAAUAAAGAUAAGAAAAAUAAAUAAAAUCCUUAGAUAACCCCCCCCCCCCCCCCCCCCCCCCCCCCCCCCCCCCCGCGUCUGAGGCCUAAUUGAAGUGCUCCGUUAUAUUUGGAAUAAAAUAUGUAUCUUUAAAUAUUUAUCUUCAGCUCCUUACCCACCUUGACAUUGCUUUCUGAGUGAGGCAACCGCAUAGACUACAAGUAAUGGGCCUUCUGUCAGGAGGCCAAACUGAGGCUUUGGAUUAAGACGCACUCUUCACUUUUUAAAUACCAAUAUUGCAUGAAACAUAGAUGAUAACGCUACCGGAUCUCCUGCACAUGGUGUUUAACAUAGACACAUAAUCAGUGAAGGAAGUACAUUAAGGAAAAUAGCACAUCAGUCAAUUAGAGAAGAGGGCAGGGAUACACAAUUUAGAAGAAAUAUCCAUUAUCAUUAACGAUUGGGGUGAGAGAGGGGAGGUUUUCAUUAUUUUUCAUUUGUCUCUGCCCUGCCAUGAUAAGUAUUGGGAUGGUACUACCCAUCAGUAUUAACUAAGAAACAUGGACGCAGAGAGGUUUUUGGCCACUGUAAUGUCUUUAUCACAACAUAAAAAAAGAGCAUGUGCUGUAUGUUGUUUUUGUGUGUACCGUAUCUUUCAGUUAUUCAUAUAUUUAUGAUUUUUUUGUAAAUAUUGUCUACUUCUAACACUGUCCUCUUCAGUAUUUGUUUGUACUGGGUACCCCAUGUCACAUUACCCCUUCCUCUGGAUUCAUUGUUUGUCUGUGUUUAUCUAUGUGACCUGCCUCUGUUGUUGUUAUGCAGUCUGCCUGUUCCUUGUACAUUAAUUCAUUUGCUCAUCCGCUCAUGCGAUGUGCUGUCUAGUGUACAUUAAACAUCACACUGGUCAGUCUCAGCACAAUCUCCAUUCUCCCCCUGCCCCGGCAGAGAGAAUCACACCCAAUCAGCUGCAAGCUCAGAGCAGUGCACACAAAAAAAACUGUCCCUCUUAAGGCUAACAUGUAAUCCAUAAGCCUAAAAUUCACAUUCUAUAAGCCUACUUGCCAGGCCGUAAAUAAAUUAUAGUGGAGGUCGUGUCAGUAUGACUUAACUUACAUAAAUUCAAAACUCAAGGCACAAUUUUAUUUAACACAAUUGAUUGAAUCAUUUUUAUUUGUAGUUUAAUACGAUUAUUUUCUACUCAGUGGUUGAGUUUCAUAAAUUUAGGUCGGAAUUUCUUAGAGCAGAUAAGAUAUACCCUGAUUUUACUGGAGAGGAUUGGCAAUUGGUUAUUGGUCUUUACUAUGGGUAGUGACAUUCCUUCCUCCUCUCUGCUCAUCAAGAAGUUUGGACAAACCCAAACCCCUGGGCAGGGGGUCAAUCCAGGCUGCAGGCCUCAGAGGGUCUCCCCCUCUCCUCCAGCAACUCAGUGGAGGAGAGCCCCAACUCCGACCCCCUCAGCCCCUAUGGCUUCCACAGCCAGGAGACCGGCUCUGGGGACGAGAGGGGGAGUGAAGGGGUCAACAGCAGCAGCAAGCAGCAGAAGAGGAAGAAGAAGAAAAGGAGGUCCAGGGAGGAGGUGUAUGACUUCAUGGACAGGCAGGAGGCUCCGGAUGCAAAUGAGGAGGAGGGCGAGACAGAGAGCGGAGCCUCGGACGUCCCUUUGAGCCCGUCCUCCCCGAGCAAGGAGGAGAGCUGGGAGUGUGAGAUCCGAGGGAGGGGUGGGGGUAGGAUCAGGGGCAGGAAGAAUAAGAGCAGGAUGAAGCUCCCAGAGGAGUGGGGGCCAACACCCCAGGAGCCAACGACACCCCAUGCCACCCCAGCCUCGGUGGCCCUGGAGUCUGCAAGGAUCACUGCCUCCGGUCCCUUAAGUUCAACCCUGGAGAACAUCUCCUCCCUCAUAGCCGGCCCCCAGACUAACCCUUUUAGCAGUUUUAUAGAGGACACCAAACUCUCUCACACCCCCACUGCCCCAUCCCUCACUGAGAACCCCAAACCCAGUCACAUUCUCACCACAGACCCUGCCCUUACAGACACUUUUACUAGUAACCUAAACAUGUUUGAGCAACCUUCCCCUGCCAAGGUCAGCAUGGACUGGGAGGCUGAGGCUCCCAUUAAAAACACUGCCUCGGCUGCCCUCCAUUAUGAACCCAUGUGUGUUGAUGACUUUAAAAUAGCCAAUAAAGAUGUCCUACCCCCCAAGAAGGAUGAGGCAGCUCUGUCUUUCACUGACAAAGCCUCCUCUGAUCGUGGCCGUCCUGAGGCCAUGUCGUCUACUUGUGACCAGAAGCAGCUGGGCCCUCAGAGCUCCCCAGGUCUCAGCCCCCAGGUCUCACAGACCUUCUCCUUCCUAGACUCUGUCCUGCAGACCCCCCAAGCCAUCACUCCUGCUUCACAGCCCCAAUGCCAGACCACCACACCCCAGGGACCUCCUCCAAACACCACCACCUCCUCCUCUUUCCAGAGCACUCCUCCUCCCCUGUUUAGCCACUCCUCCCAGCCUGAUCACGACUCUCCCAGUCCCCGCCCUGCAGUGGGCUCAGGCCUGCCCUUUAUCCCCACCGCACUGCCACUCACAGAGCACCAGGAGCCACUGCUGCCAGAGCCCCCCCUGCUGGAAGGUUGGUGA